ACUGAAGUCGACCAUGGAGCAUUUUAAUGUGAGGCAAGUGCGACAUCUAUAGCUGUAACUUGUACAUACACGUGUUGUUAUAGAUUCAAACACCUUUUACUAUGUGUAAAUAAAAACUGCUUUGACUGACAACUGAAACGGCCCAUAUCAAGUACAACUAAGGUGCCUUAGCCAUGGCAAAGAGCCUUCGAAGUAAAUGGAAAAGAAAGAUGCGUGCCGUGAAGCGCGUGAAGAAUGCACCAAAAGAGUUGGCCAAGUUGAAAAAGAUACUUGGUACAGAGGCACAGAAAGACGUAGACAUGAAAGAACUGUAUACAGUAACAGAUGCCAGUAACAUAAAGAAGAAUAAAGAAACCACAUCAGGAGAAACCAUGGAUAUUGACCAGGCUCCAAGAAAAUAUGAUAAAAAGACAAUGCGUGAUGAAAAUGGACAGUAUCCAGUAUGGAUGAAUAAGAAAGCCAUCAAGAAAGUCAGAGCACGGGUGAAAAAAGCAAAGAACAAAAAAGGAAAAGGAAGGAAACUGAAGUGGUGACAAUUUCUUCUUUUUGUAAAAUUAAUUCAAUCAAAUGCUCCUCUAACAUAGAUGGAGUGUUGAAGUUUUUGACCAACUGUUGUAAUUGUGGACAGGAAUCUGAAAAUUGCAGCCAAUGUGUGCAGUCUUAAGAGACAGAAAGAAACAACAGUGCCAUUAAAACUUGGAGAAAUGUGACAAAGAAGAAGAAGAAAAUAAUUACUUCUUUUGCCGUGUUCCUAAAGUUUGGGUGGUGAUCAUGCAGCCACUGAAGAUGUAAAGCCUUUUUUUUUUUUGAAAGA